AUGUUAAAGAAAAUUCUCGACAGACAUCAAGCUGUUUUUGGGUCAGAAAUCGGAAGACUGGAAGGAAUUAGAGGUACACUGUACCUGGAAGAUAAUGCUCAACCAAAAUUCUGUAAGGCUAGACCCGUGCCUUAUUCCCUGAAGCCAAAAGUCGAGGAAGAACUCGAGCGCCUGGAGAAGGAGGGCAUCAUCAAGUCAGUUACCCACAGUAAAUGGGCCUCACCUGUUGUCCCUGUAGUGAAGAAAAAUGGUCAAGUACGUCUAUGUGGAGACUACAAGGUAACCAUAAAUCCAGUAAUGAAGGUGGACCAGUAUCCUUUACCUCGAAUUCAGGAUAUAUUUGCUUCACUAGCAGGAGGAAGGAAGUUUUCUAAGAUAGACUUGACACAAGCCUACAACCAGAUGGAAGUGGAUGAGUCUUCCAGAGAGCUAAUGACAAUUAAUACACACAAGGGCUUAUACCAGUACACACGCCUACAGUUUGGUGUAGCUGCUGCCCCAGCUACCUGGCAACGUGCAAUGGACCAAGUGUUACAGGGGAUACCAUUCACAUCAUGCGUCUUAGAUGACAUGAUCAUAAGCGGAAAAACAGAUGAAGAACACCUUGCAAAUCUUGAUGCAGUUUUAGAACAAUUAGAAAAGUUUGGUCUACGAGCUAACCUAGAAAAGUGCUACUUCUUUAAAGAACAAGUGUCAUACUGUGGUCAUAUGAUAUCAGAGGAGGGACUGAAGAAGUCACCAGACAAGGUCAAUGCUGUACUUAAUGCACCUAGACCAGAGAACUUACAGCAACUCCGAUCAUUCCUGGGCUUAGUUAAUAACUAUCGUUCCUUCUUACCAAACCUGUCAACAGUCCUGGGUCCACUGAAUGAGCUUCUGCAGGGAGAUAAAACAUGGAAAUGGACAAAACAGUGUGAACAAGCCUUCACAGAAGUUAAGGAAAUAAUGACGUCAGAGCAAGUUCUUUGUCACUAUGACCCAAACCAACCGGUCAAGCUAGCUUGCGAUGCUUCUCCAUAUGGACUUGGUAGUGUACUUUCUCAUGUAAUGGACGAUGGUACCGAACGACCAAUAGCGUUUGCUUCCAGAUCACUUACCAAGGCUGAAAAAGCAUACUCUCAAAUUGACAAGGAAGCCUUAGCUUUGUAUUGGGGAGUUGUUAAAUUUCAUACUUACCUUUAUGGACGUCAUUUCACAUUAGUCACAGACCACAAGCCAUUGGUUAGCAUCCUGAACCCCAGUGCUGGAAUACCUGCCAUGACAGCUGCACGACUGCAGAGGUAUGCACUGUAUCUGGCUGGGCAUACUUACGACAUAAAAUACAGAAACACCAAAUCUCAUUGUAAUGCUGAUGGUCUUAGUAGACUACCGCUUUCAGUGACAACAUCAGAUUAUGAGGACACGGCAACAGUAUUUUACAAUACUCAAAUAGAUCAACUACCAGUUACUAGUGCACAAGUCAAACUUGGAACUCAACGAGAUAAUAUCUUAUCACACGUAUUGGACUGUGUUUCCAAGGGACACAAUGACUUACCUGCAGAUGACGAGAGAUUUCGUUUAUACAGUAACAGAUUUAAGGAGCUUACCUGUCACCAGAAUUGCUUGAUGUGGGGAAAUCGUGUUGUUGUGCCAGAGAAACUUAGAGACAGAGUUUUACAGGAUUUGCAUGAAGGUCACAUUGGAAUCGUCAAAAUGAAGUCUAUCGCAAGAUCGUUUGUAUGGUGGCCUAAAAUUGAUCAAGAUAUCGAAAACUUAUGUUCCACUUGCAGUGGUUGCCAGCAACAUAGCAACAUGCCAAAGGCUGCUCCGGUACAUCCCUGGGACUGGCCUAAGGAACCCUGGGACCGUCUACAUAUAGACUUUGCCGGGCCUUUCAUGAACUCUAUGUUCCUACUCAUUGUGGAUGCGCAUUCCAAGUGGUUGGAAAUCUUCCCUAUGAAGACUACAACAGCAACGAAUACUAUUGAGAAGUUAAGAAUAUUAUUUUCGCAACUGGGAUUUCCUAAAGUUAUAGUGUCGGAUAACGGACCCCAGUUUAUUUCCGAAGAAUUCCAGUUAUUCCUUGCACAAAAUGGCAUUAAACACAUCACCUCUGCCCCAUAUCAUCCACGAACAAAUGGGCAAGCAGAGCGACUUGUUCAAGUAUUCAAACACUCAAUGAAGAGUACAUAG